AGCGUUGGGAUAGGCCAAAAUAACCACCCAACAAGGCGUUGUGCUACUACGGGGGAUACCGAACUGAAGAUCUUAAAAAAACGGCUUUUUAUUGAGUUUUUUUAUGAUGUUAAAACUCGAAAGUUUUGUUUGAAAGUCAAUGCGAGUGGAAAUGGUUGUAUAGCGGCGAUGAAAUGUGGACGUUGACGUCGAGCUGUGCGUAAAUGAGCAGAGUUGGAAAAAAAGAAGGUGUUGAGCUGCUGCAUUUUUCUCUCUGCCAGGGACAACUUGGUUUGGAGUGCUGGCUGAACUACGAAGGCGAAAAAAAUGCGCAAGACGGAUUCUGUUUUGUGGUGUGUUGGUUUGCGCUUGGAGCGCUAAAGCCGGUUCUGAGAAUUGGUGCCUGACCCACGGAACGCACGAGGACUGAGAGGAACACAUUGUCUGAGCAGAAUGACUCAGAAAGAGGGGGGACCCCCAGACAGCAAGUGAAGAGACGUGAGGAUGGGUGCCAAUGGAUCCAGCUAUCCGCACUCAUGCUCCCCACGCAUAGGGGGAAAUGCACAGGCACAGCAGACCUUUAUAGGCACCUCCUCGUACUCUCAGCAGGGGUAUGGCUGGGAGUCGAAGCUAUACAGCCUGGAGCAUGGCCAUGAGCGGCCAGCGGACAGGAAGAAGAAGAGCCUUGGUCUGGCCACGCUCAAACGGAGGUUUAUCAAACGAAGGAAGUCCAGCCGCUCAGCAGAUCAUGCUCGGCAGAUGCGGGAACUCUUGUCAGGAUGGGAUGUCCGGGAUACAACCGCACUGGUGGAGGAAUAUGAGGGCACAGCAGCUCUCAAGGAGCUGAGCUUUCAGGCUAGCCUGGCCCGUGCAGAGGCACCCAGCUUGCAACGGGAUCUGGCGGCACUCUACCAGCACAAGUACUGCACCGAUGUUGACCUGAUCUUCCACAGUACCUGCUUCCCAGCUCACCGGGCUAUCCUGGCUGCCCGAUGCCCCUUCUUUAAGACUUUGCUUUCCUCAUCACCUGGUUAUGGAGCAGAGGUUCUCAUGGAUAUUGAGACAGCAGGCAUCGAUGUACCCAUGUUCUCAGCACUUCUUCAUUAUUUGUACACAGGAGCGUUUGGUGUAGGCGGUGCAGAGGAUACAAGGUUGCAGAAUGUGGAUGUUCUGGUGCAGCUCAGUGAGGAGUUUGGGACACCCAACUCUCUAGAGGCAGAUAUGAAGGGGUUGUUUGACUACAUGUGUUACUAUGAUGCUUUGCUCAGCUUCUCUUCAUAUUCUGAGAUGGUGGAGAGCUGUAAUGAGAGAGGGGCUGUUGCUGGAACACAUACCGUGGGAUCUGGCGGCAGCGGGGGACCAGGAACCCCAGAGGAGGACCUUAGGGCUCAUAAGGCUGUGCUCUCAGCACGCUCCCCAUUCUUUAGGAACCUUUUGCAGAGGCGUAUCCGCACAGGAGAAGAAAUGACAGAGCGUACAUUACAGACACCAACCCGCAUUGUGCUUGAUGAGUCCAUUAUUCCGAGGAAAUAUGUGCAGGUUAUUUUGCACUGCAUGUACACGGAUGUGGUGGAGCUCGGCCUGGUGCUCCGUGGCAGCCCCUCAGCAGGCAGUCUCGGGGAGGUGCAAGUCUUGGUGUCUGGGGGCCGCGGAGCCAGUACCCGCACGGAGGAGGCCAUGGAACUCUACCAUAUUGCUCUGUUUUUGGAGUUCAGUAUGUUGGCUCAGGGCUGUGAGGACAUUAUUGUGGAAAGCCUGUCUCUUGACUCUCUGGUCCCCAUCCUGAAGUGGAGUUCUCAGCCGUACGGUUCCAAGUGGGUCCACAGGCAGGCAAUGCACUUCCUCUGCGAGGAAUUUAGUCAGGUUGUCUCCUCAGAUGUUCUCGACGAGCUCAGCAAGGAGCACUUUCUUAGUGCCAUCCAGUCAGACUACCUACAGGCGAGUGAACAGGACAUUCUGAAGUAUGUUGUUAAAUGGGGCGAGCAGCAGCUUAUUAAGAGGAUGGCAGACAGGGAGCCCAACCUGCUAAGUGGCACGGCCCACAGCGUGAACAAGAGAGGAGUUAAGAGGAGAGACCUGGAUGUGGAAGAGCUAAAGGAGAUCCUCUCUCCCCUGCUGCCUUUCAUUCGUACUGAGCACAUUUUACCUCCCAACAGCGACGUCCUCACUGAUGCGCUUAAACGGGGUUUAAUCAGCACCCCUCCUUCAGACAUGCUUCCCACAGCCGAGGGGGGGAAAGCAAACGCCUGGCUACGGCAGAAGAACGCUGGCAUCUAUGUGCGGCCCCGCCUCUUUUCUCCUUAUGUGGAAGAGGCUAAGUCUGUGCUCGAUGAGAUGAUGGUGGAGCAGACGGACCUGGUGCGUUUACGACUAGUGCGCAUGUCCAACGUCCCUGACACGCUCUACAUGGUCAACAACGCUGUACCUCAGUGCUGUCACAUGAUCAACCACCAGCAAAUAGUGGGCAGUGUGACCACGGCUCCAUCGGUGGUGGCAAAUGAAAUUCCAGUACCAUCAUUGUCAGUGGUAAAGGAGAUGAUUCAGAGGCUUCAGGAGCUGAGACACACGGAGCAAGUUCAGAGAGCUUAUGCCCUAAACUGUGGCGACGGAGCCACCGUCAGUUAUGAGCUGCAGCUGCGUGUGCUGCGGGAAUUUGGUCUGGCAGACGGAGCCACUGAGCUACUGCAGAACCCUUACAAGUUCUUCCCUGAUGAACGGUUUGGAGAUGAGAGUCCAAUUCUGGCUCUGCGCCAGGUGGGUCGUUGCCGGGUUAACAGCAGUCCAGCCAUGGAUAGCAUGUUCACAGAACUGGAAGGCAUUGCGGGCUUUCACCCUCCUUUACCUCCUCCUCCACCCCCUUACCACCCUCCUGCUACACCCAGUCAUACCCAACUCAAGGGCACCUGGCGACCUCGCGUGCCCAUCCCAACUCCCACCCGCUCCUUCUCCUACCCGUGUAACCGCACUCUGAUACAGCGCCAUGCAGCCACCAAGCAUGGCAGCUCGGACUACUCCUCUGCACCCAGGUCCCAGCCCCCCGACUGCACCAAUCCACAAGCUAUGGGCCGAGCUUUGCUUUCAGACCCGCAGGCGAUGAAUCUAGAACCUGUUAUGAGAGAGUUCAUGCCAGACAUUGCACUGGGUGUUUCAGUCAUGUCCCUGAGGGAACAGCACAUGGCAGAGAUGGACAGGGACGGUCCUCACAGUCCCAUGGGCCACCAUCUACCACAUGGACCCUGCCCCUCUGCCCGCCUCAGCCAUAGCCAUGGUCCUGGUCAUGGCCACUCCUGUAAGAGACAUGCUCCUGAACCCAAGCUGGAGGCUCAAGCAGAGUUUCCUGACCUGUAUGACUUUUCCUGCCGACCUGCAACCCCGACCUCCACUCACCCUUUGCCCUCCUUUGCAGGACCAGAUCUCUACAGCCACAGCUGUACCCCCUCUGGCUCUUAUCCACCUCCAUACAUUUCUGAUUCCCAAUCCCAAGGACGGACAGGCCCAGACCCACUACGGCUGGAUGUCCUCAGUAUGAAGUCUCAGAGGCACGAUGGAGUGCUUGCCAGCCCUUCCGGGGGCCAGCCUCGCAUUGGGCACAUCCUUAGGGGCCGAACAAAUGAGACGGACCUGACUCACGGUUUAGGCCAUUUGAGGUGUUCCAGUGGGAACAUGGAGGGCUACGAGGACAGACUUACAGGUUCAAGAGAUGCCUCUGAGGAGAUGGUUGUAACAGCAGAAUUAUCAGGCCCGGGGCUCCUCCAGCAGUCUCACAGGAACAGUGUUGGCGAGGAGAUUGCCAGAGACCGCAGGUCACCCAGCAAACCUGAUUACCCUUAUAAGAAAUCUGCACUUUAAUCCCAUUUGGCAGACCAGGGGUUGAGUACAAAAAGGGAAAACAUGGCGAGUGGACCUCCAUUAUAAUUGUUGGCAAAACACUAAAUAUGCGCUUCUGUGUGCAUGGUUUUGUUUUUUGUUUGUUUUUUAAUAAGUGCAGGGGACAGGAGUAGUUAAGUUGCUAUUUAUAGGGUGUGUCCUUUUGUCCUACCUCUAUCACACUGUGCUAUCCAUCACACAGUUUGGAAAGAGUAAAGUUGUAGGUUUGCUAUUAUCUCUUGAAGCCUGCUUAGUCCUGCUGGUUUAGAGGGAUGGAUUGAUCCAAGUCUGGUUGUACCUCCACACCGUGUGAAUCCUACUUAAGGAUGUCCUACAACGUCAGAUGUAGCUCAAUUUUUUAAUAUAUAUAUAUAGUUAAAGACUUCAUCGUUUACCUCCCCAGACAUACAGGAAGAGGGUUUCUCUUAACACAAGUGAACAAAUGCACACAAUCUCAAUUGUUGAGAUUAAAAUUGUGCAACUGUGGUUUUAUUCUUUCCUCCCAUGGCUUGUAUUGCCAUUUCUUCCCAAAGCAUGCCUGCAGCAACCUACUGGACUAGUUUUCUGCUCCUGGCCCGGCGGUGCCGAUGAGUAACAAGCCAACGCUUGGUCACACAAAACAGAAAUUGGAUCUGGCAGGAAGUAGGUCAUCAGAGCUAGUCGUUCUCCAGUAACCUAGCGAGAUGAUUGUAUCGAGUUUUAAACAUCACAGCCGACGAGCUUCCUGCUUCCAGGCAGGAGCUGAUGUCUUCAGAUGAGACAAACAAGAAUGGUUCAUUAUUUAGAUGUGGUGGAAAAAUACGGGGCAUGACAUGGCAACGGGUGAAAGUGCAGGAGCUCUGAUCAUUCUUUGAUAUACAUACACGUGUUUUGGCAAUCUCGGUACUGUACACUCCCAUCUCUAGUCAGGCCUGUUUGUACAUAUCAGAGGUGAAUAUGAAGAGUUUUGGCACAGAGUGCAGCAGUCAGCGUGGUAGAACUUUUUUUCUUCUUCUUUACCCUCUCCCCUCCUAUAGCAUCAGAAAAAGCUAAAGCCUUAAUCACUGCUUGAAAUAUUCAGACUUAGCUAGUUAUUCAAUUUAAGUAUGAUGUCAUUAAAUGGCUACAUCUGCUAACUGUUAAUCCGACUGUUCUGUUCGCUGUGGGUAACACUGAGGUAUUGUGGCAGGUACAAAGUGGAAUUCACUGAACUCAAAAUGCUGAACCAGGUAUAUAUGCAUUGGGCCUCUGUAUGUCACCAACCUGCAGCGUGUGAGGUUGCGUAGCUAAUGUCGAUACUGUUAAAGCGCCACAGCCGCCGGCGAUCCCGUAAGUGCAGACAGAAGUCUGUCGCUGCCUACAGCUGUCACUCAACCUCUUAGUCAAAUAUGUUUGCACUGUAGGAGCCAAUGGUUUGUAAGUGGACGAGAAAAAAAGAACAAAUGAACUUUGAACAAAAGUUGGUGAUUGCUAGCUCAUAUCUCCAAUGGAAAUUGUAUAUGUUCUUAAGUUUUUUUUUUAUGGUUUUAUUGCAUUUUAGUGAUCGUUGACUGUUUUUACUGUAGUGGACAACACUGUGUUCUUGUCUUCAUCAUGAAAUCUCCCUAAGAAUCUGUGGUUAUAAAACAGUCUUAUGUCUCAAUCUGCUUUAAAUGUUAUGCAUUUAAGGCAGAUUGUUCAGUAACAGAGGCAGUGUGGAUUGCCAUGUUUUCUUUUUCCUAACCCCAUGUUACCCUUUACUUUGAAAGUCACAAGAAAACAUGGAGCAUCUGAAGAUAUUGGCCGCUUCAGCAGCAGUGAAGUUGCCAAGCAGAAAAAUCAUUUUUCCAUCGAGCUUGCUUCAUGGGGAAAAAAAUGCAUAACUCCAGAUUCCUCCCCAUGUUCGUGUCGGGCAGUUGUUUGAUUUUCCAGGACAAAUGUUCCAUUGAAUAAAAGUCCUUGUUUUGCUCUUUGCUGUAGAGAAGUCAGUGCCUUUCCCUCGCCUGCGGCUGGGCUUUUAUUGGAGAAGUGACUUUGUCUAUGCAAGCUCUUUUCUACCAGCUUAACCAGCCUGCACUGAAUAGUUAUUUGAAAUCUCAUGUAGCUCGUUUUAUGUACAUAGUGUUAUUUAGCACCUUUGAAACUGAACCACCUGAAAAUGUGUGAUUUGCUUGUGUUGAACUCUUAACAGGUACAUUGUACUUGUAUGGUCUAGAAAACAUCUUUGUAGAUUAAUAUGCAUUUAGUUUCACUGAAUCUAUUUUUCUACAGUCACCACAAAAGGUGCAUAACAGUGGUUAACUUGGCAUCCUCAAAAUAAACUGGUUUAUGUAUUU